GACCAACCGAACGAAACGCUCAGUUUCCGAUUGUUCGCUACGGGGAACGCGUGUCUCCGAAAACAUUGAGCCGGCGUUGCGCGAGAGCAUAUACGAUUUAUCGAACAUAAUAAAUUUUCAAAUAGACAAUUUUCUUCAACGAUUUUUCCAAACGAACAAUAUUAAAUCUUGUGUAUUCGUAGUAGUGCGUGUGCGUCUUUAUAGAAGUCGAAACGACCCUCAACUGCUGAAUCGUUGGCAAUCUACGAGUUCAGAUAUCGGAUAUAACAUGUUGAUGAGGUGGCUGACAUUGGCAUUGGUGGCAGCGAGCUGUCGCGUCGCCAGUGCCUGCACGUGCGCAUUGGAACACCCGCAAACUCAUUAUUGCAAAAGUGAUUUUGUAAUCGUCGGCAGGGUUCAGAAAACAUUUCGCGGGAGAGAAGACUACGACAUUUACAAAGUGAAAAUUCGAAACGUUUUCAAAGCAACAGACAAGGCUGUGGCGGCGCUUAGAUCCGGCCGGUUAUUUACGCCCCCUCAUGAGUCCCUUUGUGGAGUCAGCCUACAGCCGAGGGAGACCUAUGUUAUUACAGGUCAAGUGUUGCAUUUGGAAGCGCAUAUUUACCUCUGCGGGUACAUUGCCAAAUGGCGGGAGGUGACACCACGUCAAAGAAAAGGCUUCAGACUUCUUUACAAACAAGGAUGUACUUGUAAGGUCCACGAAACGCGGCGUCGCACGAAAUCUCCGAACACUUGCGUGACGAACUACAACGAAUGCUACGAGCGACACGGCAUCUGCCUUCACGAUCGCGAAAGACGCUGCCACUGGACUAGGGCCCCGGCGCUCACCCGAUGCAUGCAAGCUCAACGUUUCAACAACACUAUGACUAUGACUUGAUUAACCUAACACGAAGCAGAUGUUCACACUAAACUGUACCUUCUGGAUAUAUUCGAAACAUUCAAAUGAAAAAAUAAUAAACUUAAAGGCUUCGUCAAACAGAACGCGUACUUAGCGCUGCGUUUUAACGUCGCGCUCUUUUCAUGUCACACAAAUUGACUA